AUGCCCGGCGCCGCGGUGUCGCCGCCGGUGUCGCCGCCGGUGUCGCCGGGGCUGUCGCCGGGGCCGUGGCCGGUGUCGCCGGGGCUGCUGUGCGUGCCGGGGCUGCUCUUCUUCCCGGGGCUCUUCCUGCUGGCCCGCCGCGGCCUGGCCGCCAUCGCCGGCUGUCCCCAGAGCCGCGCCACCGUGCUGGCCGCCAGGUUGGUGUCCUCAGUCCAGGCUGUCAUGGCCUCCACAGCCGGGUACAUCAUCUCCAGCUCCUGCCAGCGCGACGUCAUCGAUGACACGCACUGGCUGGCCCGUGCGUACCCUCCCUUCGCGGUGCCCUACUUCGUGUACGACGUGUACGCCAUGUACCUGUGCCACCUGCAGCGCGCCCAGGUCAAGGGCCACGCCCCCGGCGCCCCGGCCCCGCCCCGCGCCGCCGCCGCCGCCUUCCUGCGCCAGGAGCUCCUCAUGGUGCUGCAUCACCUGGCCAUGGUGCUGGUCUGCUUCCCCGUGGCCACCCUGUGGCGCCAGGACAAGGGCGAUUUCUUCCUGGGCUGUCUCCUGAUGGCCGAGCUGAGCACCCCCUUCGUGUGCCUGGGCAAGGUCCUCAUCCUGUUCCGCCGGCAGCACACGGCCCUGCACAAGCUGAACGCGGUGGCGCUGCUGCUGACCUUCCUGGGCUGCCGCGUGCUGCUCUUCCCCUACCUGUACUGGGCCUACGGCCGCCACCGCGGGUUGUCCCCCCUGCGCGUGCCCUGGGCGCUGCCGCCCGCCUACAACGCCGCCGCCGCCGCCCUGGCCGCGCCCCAGCUCUACUGGUUCGGCCUCAUCUGCCGCGGGGCCUGGCGCCUCUUCCGGCCCGCGGGGACGCAGCCCAGGCCACCCUGAGGGGACAGUGAGGGGACAGUGAAGGGACAGG